GCAGCCGCCGAGCCAAUGAGGGGGCGGGGCUGCGGCCAUUCGGGCCUGUCUGGCUGAGGGGACGCGCCGCCGCGAUGGUUUCCUGGAUGAUUUCGCGGGUCGUCGUGCUGGUGUUUGGGAUGCUGUAUCCUGCAUAUUACUCGUACAAAGCUGUGAAGACAAAAAACGUGAAGGAAUAUGUUCGCUGGAUGAUGUAUUGGAUUGUGUUUGCUCUUUAUACGGUUACUGAAACAAUAACUGACCUAACAGUCUCUUGGUUUCCACUGUACUAUGAACUGAAGAUAGCUUUUGUUAUUUGGCUCCUUUCCCCGUAUACUAGAGGGGCAAGUUUAAUCUACAGAAAAUUUCUCCACCCGCUGCUUUCUUCUAAAGAAAGGGAGAUUGACGAGUACAUUGUGCAAGCCAAAGAAAGAGGCUAUGAGACCAUGGUGAAUUUUGGAAGGCAAGGGUUGAAUUUGGCUGCCACUGCUGCAGUGACAGCAGCUGUAAAGAGUCAAGGUGCGAUAACUGAGAAGCUGAGAAGUUUCAGUAUGCAUGAUUUGACUACUAUCCAAGGAGAUGAGCCAGUAGGACAGAGACCCUAUCAGACAUUACCAGAAGCAAAAAAGAAAACCAGAGCCUCUGCAAGUGAAUCUUCAGGUUACAAAACUCCACUGGAAAAAAACCCUGGGGAUGAUAAAACAGAUGAAGAGAUGGAGGGGACACAUUCAGAGGAUGAAAUGUUUGCUCAGAGAGGCCUUCGAAGAACUCAGAGCAUGAAAUCUGUGAAAACUAUUAAAGGCCGUAAAGAGAUACGGUAUGGAUCACUGAAGUAUAGAGUAAAGAAGAGACCUGUUGUAUACUUCUAAGUGCAUUGCACAAUGCCUGCGAGACAAACUGCUGUAUUAUAAUAACUUGAAUUCAGUGUGUCAAGUGUUAAAGAUCUGUGUAUGAUUCAUAUAAUGAGUGUGUAUGAAUAGAUACGGUAGGACUUGGUUUUAUGAACUUAAAUGGCUGGAUAAAGUAUUACUCUGCUUUUCUUUAAUUGCUUAUUGUUUAGACUUAAAUCUGGACAAGUUAUAGUAUAAAUUUCAGCAUUCCUUUAAUGGGAGUUAAAUGAGUAACAGGAAACAGUCUUUUUCCAGAGGUACCGAACAGAUCGAAAUAAUUACAACUCCACUUGAAUUAGCAGAAGUUGUAAGUAUUUGGAACUUGUGAAUAUUGAACCUAUUGUGUCCCCAAGUUUACAUGGAAAGAUAGGUAUACUUGAAAUAUUUUUCUGAACUGCGAUUCCUGAAAAGGCCUUUGUGUAAUUUAAAAAUGUACAGUUUAAAGGAUAUUGGAUGAUGGUGGGGAAGGAGAAGGAAAGACGAGGUAGAUAUGGUACAUCCUUAAGAUCAUUUUCUUGCAUCAUGUUGCCAAGCUUAAACUUAUAUAAUACUAAUAGGUGCAAACUGGGGGUACGUUUAGCACUUUAUGCAGAACUGUAUAGUUUUGCACACUCUUACUGAUUUACAGCUGCACAUUGUAGAAUCUUAGGUAGAUUAGACUUAACUUUUGAAUGCCAGCAAUUCUUGGUUUUCAUGGUCUUUUUGAAUUUAUCGUGAUUGCUUAAGUACGCUUAGGAUGCCGUAGAUAUCUGCUACUAAUACUUAACAAUAUUAUCAGGUGCCUUUCUACGUAUUCCAAGGCUGUGUGGUUUUUUGUCUGUGUGUAGGUUUUUUGUUGUUUUGUUUGUCUGUCUUCCUCCUUCACCUAGAGAGAUGUAACAUGUUUUAAGUCUGUUUUUCGGUUAAAAUUGUGGUAAGUAAAACUUGUAGCAAUUCCAGUGAUAGACCUCAGGGAUCUGAUCAGCCCAUCAGCUGUGUAUGAGAAGUCAUGCUGACAUGAUGGCAUAUGUGAUAGAUUCAGGCCCUGAUUUGGUUUUGCUCUGCAUUGCUUUAAGAGUGUGUGUGUGUAUAUAUAUGAACAUAUGAGUGCAUAUUUCAUAUCAUAUGUGGAUUCUAAAAUUGGCUGUGUCGUACUUGCUUAUAUUGCUAAAGUUAUUACUAAAAUAUUUACAUAAAUAGCUUUUUCUAAAAGUCUAGCUGAUUUAGUCAGCCAUUUUAUAACAUAGUGUCCCAUGGCAUAACUGUUUGCACAGAGAUUAAUUUUGGAAUGUCAUUCAAGGCACGGACUUGUCAAAAUGACUUUUGAGGUCCCCUUUGCUUCUAUUUUCUGCAAUUCUAAAAACUAGACUGACUUUAGUUUUCUGUGUGACUAUAUUUCUACCGUGGAUUCAGGGAGAAAACACCCACUUUUUGUAGAUAGUAUUUCAUUACUUGGCACAGGGAGAGAUAGCAUUACUUUUCUUGAAGAGAAAAUGGCAUGUGAUCCCUCUUAUCCUUGGAUCUUGGACUCCAGUCCUUAGACCUUUCCCCAGGCAGGACAGUCACCUGCAAGUCUGCUGCAGUGCUUUUAAACAUAUUCUUAAGGCUUGGGCCUGAUGCAGUUCUUUUUCUGUGUUACAGCUAUAGCGGGUUCGCUGCUGGUAGGCACUUAAUGGCCCGUUACUGUGUACUGGCAUUUGAAGUAGUCUUCUCUAGACUUUGGGCCAGGGUUUGAAUUUUAUGGAUAAAAAUGCAGCUGGUCUGUAUCAGCAUUGCGUUACUCGCUUGCUGUUGCAGGCAUUUGUAAGCCAAGUGCAAAGCCUUUGACAAAUAUAGCAAUACUGAUGGCGCAGUUCUUGUAGCAUCUCCAAGGAAGUUAAAUGCUUUAAUAAGAAGUUGCAACAGUCCACAAGUGAUUAAAAGGCCAAAGCUUGUAUCACUUUACUCGAAGACGCUGUUUCAUACCAGAAAACAGGACUCUUGUUCUCUCCCAGAUGAGUACAGUGCAAAAAUUCCAUCCUCUAACCAAAACCACAACUUGUGAUCUAGCUUUUUAUAAGGAGCUGUUGUCUGUGGAGGAGGCAGUGAUCAGAAAGGCAGCCUCCCCGGGGCCUGGUUCAUCACUUGUGCCCCAGGGAUGUUUGUGCUUCUCAUCUGCUUCCCUGAUGUAGGGAAAGGCUGUCUGUGUGUUAAGGUAUGUAAGGCGUUAGAGGAAACUGCAGCUUUUGUAUUUGUAUCUUGCUCCUCUUUGAAAAUUAGACUAACCUGGGCCUUGGGUGGAAUCUCUAACCCUUACUCUCCGAUUGAACAUCCUCCUUGAGCACUUGCUCCCACAUCUUGCUUUAACUCAUCAUGUUUGUUUUAUCGGCAAGCAUGGCAAUAAAACUGUCAUCUUUCUACAAAUCAGAAUCCUGUGUGAAGGAGCAGGGUGAGCCCUUCUUUCAGAAUUACACUUCUUGUUACAGGUUCACAGAGAUCCUGUUUCAGGAGUUGUGUUCUUUUCACGUUUCCAGGGCUAGAGAUCAUUUGAGUAGUUUAGGCUCUACUGCACUCAUGGUCAGUCAGUUGCUCUGCGUGCUGUUACGUACUUGAGGCUGUUACUUCUGGCAGACUUAACUUGCUAAUUAAGAAGUAACAAAGGCUAAAUACACUCCUUCUGAACUAUGCAUGGGACUAGGAAUGCAGGUGGUAUUAUUUAUAUUCCUUACUCUUUGCAUAUAAAUGUACUUGUGUUCUGUCAGACUGUCUUAAGUGAUAAGACUUCCAGUGUUUUCCUAGCUUUUUUUUUCAGUCUGAUAUCCUACUGUAAAAGUCUUUUCUUCACAGCUUGAUUUUGCUCUUUGAAUUUAUCCUGAAACUGGUUCACUGUAUUAUCUUAAUUUUUUUUCCCCUUGCUGUUCAUUGUCAGCUGAUGCUUGGCAGGGCACAAUGGCAUGAUUAGCUUUCAUCCCAAUGAUAUGUAUUUCUCUCUGCUUGUUGAGUUUAGUUUGGUUUUGAAAUAUUAUGCAAUUUUUUAAACUUUGUGUACAGGGAAUUUUCAAACUUCUUUGCCUUAGUAACUGCAAAAGUGAUCUGUCUAGCUCUUGCCAGUAAACUUCUUGGAAAAAUGUUAAACAAAAAUCCAAAUUAAACCUCACAUUCAUUUUGGUUUUGGAAUGUAUAUAAUUUGACAUUAGCUACAUUUUAAUCUUAUGAAUAAAGCAUUUCUUGAGAAUUGCCUGACUGCCACCAACUGAACUGCUAAUGUAGUUAAAGUACCUUUAACCUCUAUGUAAGUUUAAAAGAGAAUAAGUAUUUCUUAAAUCAUAUAAAGGUUUCAAACCUUUCCAAAAUACAUCCGAGCUGACUCAGAUUUCUCAGCAAGAGCCUACUGUACAUGUUAAAAUACACAGUUUGAAAUGAGGAUUAAAUUGAUGGCCUCAGUUGCAAAUAAACUUAGGCCAGACUCUGAUUACAAGGUAAUUGUCAAUAUUAGCUACUUAAUGCUAAUUGCUUUGCAAUGUGAAAGUAACUGAAUAUUAUCCAACUUUUUGCAAACUGUAACAAAUUUUAAAAUGAACAGAAGAUAAUUUGGUUAAACAGAAUGGUAGAGUAAAUGCUAGAUGCAUUUAAAGCGCUGUUCAUGACAAAAUAUGUGUUUUGUUUUUGGUGUUGCUUUUAUUAAUGGGAAGUUGGUAUUUUAAAGUAUUUUUCUACAAAAAUGUGUAUGUGCAAAGGCAAUACUCUAACAUUUUUCAAGAACUCGUAUUUUUAAAUGCUACAGACCAGGGACUGUCUACAUUGAGACUGCAGUUAGUAGCUUUAAAAAAAAAAAUGCAAUGUAAGCUUUAAUUUUUAUAUUGUAAUAAUAACUUGCUGUCAACUUGUUUACAUAUUUGUAGGAGGGAAAGCUUUAUUAUGCAUUGACUUAUCUUGAUACUAUCUUUAAUAAAUGCUGCUUUGAGCAGGG